UCAAGAUUUCAUGCAGAUAAAAAUAGGACUUGUUGUGGUGCAGGAAAAUACUCAACACUAACAUGUCAUCACACUUCCUGAUCUCACUUUGUACAAAUAAGAAGAGCUUCCCUAAUUUGGCCUCAGUGUGCUUGUAGCCAACGAACAUGUCUUUCGUGGACACGCUGCGGCAGUGGGAUGAGGCUGUGACCUGUGCUGACAGACAGGACUGGUCAGAAGCACUCAGCAUCUUUUUGUCUAUUGAACAACCAAACUCCAAAAUUUGCUUUGACAUCGGCUGCCUCCAUCUUCUUAAUCAAGAGCUGGAUGCUGCUGAAAAGGCGUUUGAUUGCAGCAUACGUAAGGAUGAGCAUUUGGCAGUUGCCUUCUUUCAACGAGGAGUAACGUUUUACAAAAAGGAAAGGUAUGAGGAGAGCUCAGCUGACUUUCAGAGAGCUUUUAAAGCACUCAGAAACAACCAGCUGAUAGAUUACAAAGCGCUCGGCCUCAGAUACAUCCUAUGUGCAUGUGAGGUUCUCCACAAUAUCGCUCUGGCUGAGGCUCAGCUGGGUAACUGGGAAAAGGCCCAAGAAAACCUGGCUAAGGCCCUCGACUACAAAACAGAGGCCAAGCUCAGUAUCAUCGACAAAGCUCUGCAGGCAACUCUGAAACAAAAGCUGUUCAAACUGGUUGAGUUCCCAUCCAAAACGUUGUUCAAACCAAACAAGCACUAUGUAGCAGAGCUGGAAAAGAAGGACUACCUGGGCAAAGCAAAGGUUGUUGCCUCUGUCGUUCCACAAGACGAGUUCUCUGGAUUUGCCCCAUUACAGCCACAGGUCGAAGAUGGUCCAGCUGCUCCUAAAGAACCAGAGGUGCUGAGAGCUUUGGAGGGGGAGGCCCACACUGUGCUGUUUGAGUUUGUUCCUGAGACCAGCGAUGAGUUGGCUGUCGUGCCGGGCAACAUCGUGUUUGUGUUGCAGAAGGGGGCCGACAACUGGGCAUACGUGGUCUUCAAUGAAAGGAAGGGGCUUGUUCCUUACAACUACCUGGAACGUUUGGAAAUCUCCCUGGGUUCUAAACCAGCCAAGGGUGUGGCUCGUCUUCAUAGUCGAGAUCCUCCAAGCAGACCAAUGAGGAUUCAAGGUCUUACUCCCAGCAGCAGCAGCAGCAGGAACACUCAGCAGCAGAUCACCCAACCAACAGACAGUUGUUUUGUCAAAAUCCACUUCACCUUCAACUUUGCAAUCUCAGUACCAUGUGGGUCUCCUUAUGUGGUUCUGAUAGAGAAAAUCAGCAAGAAGCUGAACCUCCCCUCUACAGUGAUCUCCCUGAGCUCAGAUUCUCGAGGAAAACAUCUCCUCGAUAACAUGCAGAUGACAGACGUGUGGAGCCGUGCACAGGAUGGGCUCAUCACCUUGUGGUGUACUACCAAAGAGCAAAAUGAUAGAAAGUCAGAGAAAGAGAUUUACUUCGUGGCGCUUCAUUCCUACCAGUCUUCAAAACCAGAAGAUCUGAGCUUUCAGGAAGGAGAUAAAAUCAGGUUGCUCUCCAGAGUAAACCAGGAUUGGCUGGAAGGGCAGUGCAAUGGGAAUAUUGGUAUAUUCCCUGCGUCUUUUGCUGAGGAAGUUCCAACGAAUGAACAAUAAAUUUAUGUAAACUGAAUUGUACACAAAGCAGAAAGUGAGAAAUCAAUUGUAAUCAGUUAUUUAAAUUGUGUUACAUUCAAUUAUUCAUUAAACAUUACUGAAAUAAAAA